UAUGAAUAAAGAACAGCAAGAAGCUUUUAAUCAGUUUUCAGCUGCUGAAAUAGCCAAAUAUCAGGAGGCUUUUAAUCUUUUCGAUAGAGAUGGAAAUGGAAAGAUCACUCAAAGAGAGCUAGGGCAGUUUAUGCGUAAAAUGGGAAUGGUCGUUGCAGAACAAGAACUUGACGAUAUGAUAAAUGAAGUGGACGCGGACGGAAGUGGUUAUAUAGAUUUCCCUGAAUUUUUGGCUCUAAUGGCAAGAAGAGUAGACGAAGGCGAUAGCGAAGACGACAUUAGAGACGCCUUUAGAUUAUUUGAUAGAGAAGGAAAUGGUUACUUGGCUGUGGAGGAAAUAAAGCACGUUAUGCAAACUCUAGGAGAAUUAAUGAGCGAACUUGAAAUUAACGAAAUGCUCAGCGAAGCUAACGUUGAUUCAGAAGGGCAAGUUAAUUACGAAGGUAUAGCAUUAAUUUAUAGCUAUUACAUGUAUAUCUCUUAA